AUGAGCAACAAGAGAGCACCAACUACAGCUACGCAGAGGCUAAAGCAGGACUACCUUCGCAUAAAGAAAGACCCAGUGCCUUAUAUCUGUGCAGAACCCCUCCCCUCUAAUAUUUUGGAAUGGCACUAUGUUGCACGAGGACCUGAGAAUACCCCUUAUGAAGAUGCAUUUUUUCAUUUUUUUGUAGGUGGCUAUUAUCAUGGCAAACUCAUAUUCCCACGAGAAUUUCCUUUCAGACCUCCUACCAUAUACAUGAUAACACCAAACGGGAGAUUUAAGUGCAGUGUAAGGUUAUGCCUCUCCAUCACAGACUUUCACCCUGACACAUGGAACCCUGCACGGUCAGUCUCCACCAUCUUAACUGGCCUCCUCAGCUUCAUGGUGGAAACGGGCCCUACCCUGGGCAGCAUUGAAACCUCAGACUUCACUGAAAGUUGAACUGCAGCUUUUCUUAAACGACAACUUGCAGCUCAGAGCUUGGCUUUCAACCUCAAGGACAAAGUUUUCUGUGAGCUGUUUCCUGAUUUUGCUGAAGAGAUUAAGGAGAAACUAAGAGUGCAGGAAAUGCUGAGCACAUGCCCUCAUGUUCUACCCCUCCCUGAUGUGGUGCCUGAUGGGGGAGUCCACCAUGCCAAGAACAGGCUCCUAAGACUAAACAGGUGCUUGCCCAUGGUCACUGGUGCUGCCAAUUGCCCCAAUCAGGAGCAGGCCCACCGCAACCACAGACUCCUGGGCGGAGCCUUACCAAACCUGUUUGUCAUUGUGGGAUUUGCCGCCUUUGCCUUCACAGUCAAGUAUGUGCUGCGAAGCAUAGCACAGCAGUGA